AAUCAGCCAAGCACCCACUGAAUCUUAAACCCUUUAACGGCUUUCAGAGUCAUGAUCCACCUAUUGAAUCGCACGCUGCUCCAACGUGGCCGAGGCGAUAUCCAGAUCCGAAGUAAGUGACGUUUUUUUUUUAGGUUUUUAUUCCUUUCCCCGUUGAGAAGGCCCUUCGCUUCCCCGCCGCCGCAUGCGGAGCUCGAGAAAGUCAGAACUCAGAAUACUGCGGUAUCAGAGUGGCCACGGCUGGAUUCGCGUCUCAUUAUCGAUUCCUGUCGCGAAGUCGGCGUCGCAUGCGAUUCUCCUAAGCAAAAGAGAGAGAAAGGAGACAAGUCGGCGCCGACGAUGAGAGCUCGGGUGGUGGUCUUCCCCAUCAGGGGCCGCGCCUGGGUCUUCAGCCGAUCCCUCGAGCUCCCCGCCGCCGCCGCCAUCACCUCCGCAUCCGCCGCCGAGUCCGCAGCCCCGCCGCCGCCGCCCACAUUGAAGGUGCUGUGGGAGAAGGUGUCCGCCCGCGGCCGUAAGCCGCAGGAGAGGGCUGAGGCGGUGGUUGAUUUCGUCGCGGAUAAGAUGAACGGGGCGUGGAGCAGCCUCGAGAGGGCUCCUAAGGGGACCUUCAAAAGCAAAAUCCACAGUUUAGGUUUGCGCCUGUUGUCACAAGUGAAGCCUUCAGAGAUAUUCUUGAAGUCUGUUUCAAAAGACAUUACUAAGGUGGAGAUUACAUAUCCUGUAAGCUUAAAUCCCCGUCUUGUUCGGCGAAGAUUACGGCAUAUUGCUUUGAGAGGGGCAGCACUUCACAGGAAAUAUCUUUAUGGUUCAGUUUUCUUAUUACCAGUUUCAUCGGUUUUCACUGUACUACCGUUGCCCAACAUACCCUUCUUCUGGAUCUUGUUUCGUGCAUAUUCUCAUUGGCGAGCUCUCAAGGGAAGUGAGAGGCUUGUUCAUUUAGUAUCAGACAGCCCAACUUCAUGGAAUCUUCUCCUUGGUAAUGAAAAGGAAAAUGGGUCCAAAGAGGAUUCAAAUAAUCAUCGUAAGAGUGCAACCAUAUCUCCACCAUGGGUUUUCGAUCCCUCUGAAGAUCUCGAGAGACUUCUCAGAAGUGGGGAAAGUAGCAAAGAUGGUGUUGAUUAUUGCAGAGUGUCCAGAGUGUGCGAGGCAUAUACUCUAGACAAGAAGCAUGUCUUGAAGUACAUAGAUUUUCUCAAGUAGCUGACCGAAGUGGAGCUCAAGUUUAAUUUUAACUCAACAAAUCCAAUUUCAACUUCACCUCAAUGAAAAGAUGAGAUCCGGUCACGGGAGGUCACAACAGAGAUGUUACAUGUACUGAUGUAAGUUUUUGUCUCGAAAAUUUUCUUUCACAUGUUGCAUCGCUAUUUCUUGUAAGAUCAUGGAAUUGAAAAGUUGGGGUUGGCCCAAGGGCCAUGGCGUUUCCGUUUUUCUUUUUGAAUCUUUUAAAUUUUUAUUUUGAAAUUUACUUUUUUAAUAUCAUUAUUACAAAA